UCUGUCUCUGCCUCUCUUCUUCCGUCACCAUCAAACUUAGUUUCUACUCUUCUUCGUCUUCUUCUUCUUGAACAAGGAGUUGAGCACAGUGAAGAUAAACUUUUUUUUCCUUCAUGUCCGUAAGAGAAGAUUCUUACUCGUUUCAGAAAUUCAAUUCAACCGCAGAAAUUCAAAGCUUGGAGUUUCAACAUCUAUAAAGGAAUUUAAUCGAACACUUGGUGUGCCAAAUGAAGCAGAAAUGGCUGUCCCUGUUAGUGUUGAUACUCUGUUUCUUUGCGACUUCUCUUGUGAUGGGCAUUCAUGGAAAACACCUAAUCAACGAGGACUUCAACGAAACUGCUCUGUUAAUGGCGUUCAAGCAAAUCUCUGUAAAAUCUGAUCCAAAUAACGUUCUUGGUAACUGGAAAUACGAGUCGGGUCGUGGCUCAUGUUCUUGGCGAGGCGUUUCUUGCUCUGACGACGGUCGAAUAGUUGGAUUAGAUCUCCGAAACGGUGGACUCACCGGAACCCUAAACCUAGUUAACCUCACGGCGUUGCCUAAUCUCCAGAAUCUUUACCUGCAAGGAAACUAUUUCUCCUCUUCCUCUGGAGGAGAUUCGUCUGGUUCUGGUUCUGAUUCUGAUUCUUCCGGUUGUUAUCUUCAAAUUCUGGAUUUAUCUUCGAACUCGAUCUCAGACUAUUCAAUGGUGGAUUACGUUUUCUCAAAAUGUUCGAAUCUGGUUUCUGUGAAUUUCUCCAACAACAAGCUCGUCGGAAAAUUGAAUUUUGCUCCGUCGUCUUUAAAGAGCUUGACGACUGUUGAUCUCUCUUACAAUAUCUUAUCGGAGAAGAUUCCUCAGAGUUUUAUCUCAGAUUUUCCGGCGUCGUUGAAAUAUCUCGAUCUAACUCACAACAACUUAUCCGGCGAUUUCUCCGAUCUCAGUUUCGGUUUCUGUGGGAAUCUCAGCUUCUUCAGUCUCUCACAGAACAAUAUCUCCGGCGAUAAAUUCCCAAUUACUCUACCUAACUGCAAAUUCCUCGAGACGUUAAACAUCUCUCGGAACAAUCUCGCCGGAACAAUCCCCGGCGGAGGAUAUUGGGGAAGUUUCCAGAAUCUAAAGCAGCUCUCUCUAGCUCACAACCGUCUCUCCGGCGAAAUUCCACCGGAACUUUCUCUACUCUGCAAAACCGUAGUGGUUCUUGAUCUCUCCGGAAACGCUUUCUCCGGCGAGCUCCCUCCACAGUUCACCGCCUGCGUCUCCUUACAGAACCUUAACCUCGGAAACAACUACCUCUCCGGUGAUUUCUUAAGCACCGUCGUGAGUAAAAUCACCGGAAUCACUUACUUAUACGUUGCUUACAACAAUAUUUCAGGCUCUGUUCCAAUUUCUCUCACCAACUGUUCAAAUCUUCGUGUUCUUGAUCUAAGCUCAAAUGGUUUCACCGGAAAUGUUCCGUCUGGUUUCUGCUCUCUGCAAAGCUCUCCGGUUCUUGAAAAAAUUCUCAUAGCUAACAAUUAUCUCUCAGGAACAGUUCCUAUGGAGCUUGGUAAAUGCAAAAGCUUGAAGACAAUUGAUCUUAGCUUCAAUGAGCUUACUGGUCCGAUUCCGAAAGAGAUAUGGAUGUUACCGAAUCUGUCGGAUUUGGUUAUGUGGGCGAACAAUCUCACUGGAAGAAUCCCAGAAGGUGUUUGUGUUAAAGGUGGAAACUUGGAAACUCUUAUCCUCAACAACAAUCUUUUAACCGGUUCAAUCCCUGAGUCGAUCUCGAGAUGCACCAAUAUGAUCUGGAUCUCUCUUUCUAGUAACCGUCUGACCGGGAAAAUCCCUAGCGGGAUCGGUAAUCUUUCCAAGUUAGCAAUCCUGCAGCUCGGGAACAAUUCCUUGUCCGGAAAUGUUCCUCGCGAGCUCGGGAACUGCAAGAGUCUGAUAUGGCUUGAUCUGAACAGCAACAAUCUAACCGGGGACCUCCCGGGUGAGCUAGCUAGCCAAGCCGGGUUAGUAAUGCCUGGGAGCGUUUCAGGUAAACAGUUUGCAUUUGUGAGGAACGAAGGUGGAACAGACUGCAGAGGUGCAGGUGGGUUAGUAGAGUUUGAAGGCAUUCGUGCAGAACGAUUAGAGCGGUUACCAAUGGUUCAUUCGUGUCCCGCGACACGGAUAUACUCAGGCAUGACAAUGUACACAUUCUCAGCAAAUGGAAGCAUGAUAUACUUCGACAUCUCCUACAACGCAGUUUCGGGUUUUAUACCUCCUGGUUAUGGUAACAUGGGCUAUCUCCAAGUCUUGAAUUUGGGACAUAACCGGAUAACUGGAACCAUCCCGGACAGUCUUGGAGGAUUGAAAGCGAUUGGUGUUCUUGAUCUAUCUCACAACAAUCUUCAAGGGUACUUACCUGGAUCGCUGGGAUCGCUUUCUUUCCUCAGUGAUCUCGAUGUCUCUAACAACAACCUCACUGGUCCAAUCCCAUUUGGAGGUCAGCUUACAACGUUCCCUGUCUCUAGAUACGCAAACAAUUCUGGCCUCUGUGGUGUUCCUUUGCGUCCGUGCGGUUCAGCUCCUCGGCGGCCCAUUACCUCCCGAGUCCAUGCAAAGAAGCAAACUGUUGCAACCGCUGUGAUCGCUGGAAUCGCGUUUUCUUUCAUGUGCUUUGUGAUGCUAGUCAUGGCGCUUUACAGGGUGAGGAAAGUUCAGAAGAAGGAACAGAAGAGGGAGAAAUACAUUGAGAGCCUUCCAACUUCCGGAAGCUGCAGCUGGAAGCUCUCUAGCGUUCCUGAACCGCUUAGCAUCAACGUUGCUACAUUCGAGAAACCGCUGAGAAAACUCACUUUCGCGCAUCUUCUUGAAGCUACAAACGGGUUUAGUGCAGAGACUAUGAUCGGAUCUGGUGGGUUUGGAGAAGUCUACAAGGCUCAACUCAGAGACGGAUCUGUUGUGGCGAUCAAGAAGUUGAUUCGAAUCACGGGACAAGGCGAUAGAGAGUUCAUGGCUGAGAUGGAAACAAUCGGAAAAAUCAAACACAGAAACCUUGUUCCGCUUUUGGGAUAUUGCAAGGUUGGUGAAGAGAGGCUUCUUGUCUAUGAAUACAUGAAAUGGGGAAGCUUAGAAACCGUUCUUCACGAGAAAUCAUCGAAGAAAGGCGGAAUAUUUCUAAAUUGGGCCUCAAGGAAGAAGAUCGCGAUUGGGGCUGCAAGAGGGCUAGCGUUUUUGCACCAUAGCUGCAUUCCUCACAUAAUCCACAGAGACAUGAAAUCAAGCAAUGUUCUUCUGGAUGAAGAUUUCGAAGCACGUGUCUCGGAUUUUGGAAUGGCGAGGCUGGUCAGCGCUCUAGACACACAUCUGAGCGUGAGCACACUCGCGGGUACUCCAGGAUACGUUCCACCGGAAUAUUACCAGAGUUUCCGGUGUACGGCCAAAGGGGAUGUUUACAGCUACGGAGUUAUACUUCUUGAGCUUCUCUCUGGUAAGAAACCAAUUGAUCCAGGGGAGUUUGGAGAAGACAAUAAUCUCGUCGGGUGGGCGAAACAGCUCUAUAGAGAGAAAAGAGGAGCUGAGAUUCUUGAUCCCGAGCUUGUAACAGAGAAAUCAGGCGAUGUUGAGCUGUUUCAUUACUUGAAGAUCGCGUCUCAAUGCUUGGAUGAUCGACCGUUCAAGCGGCCCACAAUGAUUCAAGUGAUGGCAAUGUUCAAAGAACUCAAGGCUGAUACAGAGGAAGACGAAAGUCUCGAUGAUUUUUCGCUUAAGGAAACUCCAUUGGUCGAAGAAUCGCGAGAUAAGGAGCCUUAAGAGUGAUCGAGAGAAUUGGGAAUGCUUUGUUACUUCUUCCAAAUUUUGGUGUCAGUGUAUAUAACAGACGAAGCUUGAGCAAGACAAGUGAAUCGGGAAGAAGAGGUAGACAUUGACGAGUUCUUGUAGCUGCCAAGCUUCUGAUUUGGCUUGGAGGUUUUUUUCUCUGUAGUUAACUUGUUAAACACGGUAAGAGAAGUUUGUCGUUGUAAGGUUUUGUAAGUUCCCGUUUAAGAAAUUAUUCGAUCAUGG